GUCACCUGAACGGCUAACAUCUCACCUCCCCUGAAGCAAAUUUUAGUGCAUCAUCACAUAUAAACUGUGAACCAGCAGACUUUUCAAGAAGUAAAACCAGAAAUGAGUAAUUAUUCAAGCAAAAGACAGAUGCAAAUUAUACUAAAUGAGUGUCAUCAAGAGUAUAAAAGCCUAUCAACCUUCUUGAAGGAUGCUAUUUCAGGCUGUAUUACCGAACUGUACACUAUUGCAGACGACGUGGACAAAUUCCAUAAGGGAGCCACCAUUACCAAUGUUGUGGGAAGUACAGCUGGCAUUGCAGGUGGAAUCCUCACCAUUGUAGGCAUCGCUCUAGCUCCAGUGACACUUGGCACAUCUUUAAUAAUUAGUGGUGUUGGAAUUGGUGUAGCUACAGCUGGAGGAGUCACUGGAGUUUCUGCUUCUAUAGCAGAUACUGUAAAUACUAAAAAGAAAUGUAAUAUAGUAAGUGAGAAGAUAAAAGAAAUUAACAACAUGAUAGAUACAUUAAAAGAUCUUGCUUUAAAUAUCGAAAAACUUGCUACACAAAUCGUAAAUGAAGUUAGAGUACCUAUUGGGGACGAAGUACCUGAUUAUACCAGACUGGGCGGCAGAGGAUUGUUUGUUGCAGUGGAAGUAGGUAGAUUGGCUCAACUGGGGAGGAUAGCAGGAGCUGCAGCUCGCGGGGCGGAGUUAGCAGCACAGGGAGCACGAGCAGUUCGUGCCAUUUCUGGAGUAUUUGCCGCAUUGUUUAUAGUCAUUGAUGCCGCCUUUCUUGUGAGGGGAUCAGUAGAGCUCCAUAGAGGGGCUAAAACAGAGGCAGCGGAAGAGAUAAGGAAGAUUGCAGAUGGACUGCUGGGAACAUUGCAUGACAUGCAAGAAAACAAUAGGAACCUACUUGAUGAAAUUAAAGAAUUUACUUUAGAACUUAUUUGGUAAUGGAAUGCAUACCAAUGCAAACACACACAUGUAUAUCAACAGUGGCUUGCAAAACAUAUAAGGCCCUUGCUUAAUACUUAUGUUGCUUACAGAAGUUCAUUAGCUAUAGUUUGUUUGAAUAUCUGCUACAUUGUACACUUCUUAUAUUCAUUACAAAUACAAUAUGACUACUUAUAUCACAAAAAAUAAUUAAGUACUGGCGAUGAUACUUUCUUAAUUUGAAACUACUUUCAGGACAAGCUUUCGGGGUGUUCCUCCUUCUUCAAGGUCAAAGCAGCACAACAAUAGAGCUUAGUAGCGAAU